AUGAUGGACCGUUUCGUACCUUCGUCGGCUUUCCAGCUGGGUCCGAUCCCUUCUGGUCAGGCGAAUACGCGGCACUUUAUUGCGAAACGAGCAGAGGCGCCCUCCUCGUCCGUCAACAAUGGCGCUCUGGUGGAAACAUCUUGCCAUAGCAACCCCUGCUCCUUGAUCGAGAACUGGACGAGCUCUAACUCUAGCAGCGCGGGGAUGAUGAUGUCCUGUCAGCCUCCAUGCGCUAUUGAAACAACUCCCGGGUACUCCCUCAGCCCAUCCCACUCCCCCAUGGAGACUGUGGCGGACGGAGUCCCCCGUCUAUUCCCCUACGACCAUGGCUGGUCGAGCUCUUUCAUGGCUUCCAGUUCCACCACAAGUCAAUUGAAGCCUGGUCUGCGUCGCCCCCAUGCUGCUGCAUACCACGGCUCCCCAGAUUGGAUCCGUGAGACAGACGGCAGUACUUUCGAUCCUGACCCUUCUUCAUACUCUUCUUCUCAGCCGGGUAUAGAAACUCAGGACCGGUCCGAGGCUCCUGCGGCACUCUACCCUACAACGACCAUAACAACACCAUCGCCAACCCUCUCGAUUUCGUCUCGCCAGCCGAUGCACGGUGGCAAAUCAACCCCUUCUGCUCCAAACCCAGCGACCGAUCGUGAUGAUAUGCAGACAAGCCCAGAUGACACAGAAGGGGAGCCCAACAAUGAUCAACCGUACUCGUGGCUUAUCUACAGAGCUCUACGGUCUGCGCCGGGUAUGAAACUGCCCCUCCAGGAGAUCUACAGUUGGUUUGAGAAGAACACGGCCAAAGGGAAGGACCGGAACUCAAAAGGGUGGCAGAACAGCAUCCGUCAUAACCUGUCAAUGAAUGCGCUACCGCGUGGAAUCUUGCGCACCUCGCCUCGUAUUGGUUUUGAGACUUACAAUGUACUACAGGGCUUUGAAGCGGUUCGGGAGGAAUCCACCCCGGGCAAAAAGGCAGUAAAUUUCUGGCGCCUGACGGAGGAAGCUGUCAAGAAUGGCAUCCAAUCCACAACCCGGUAUAGGAAGCAGGCGAAUUACAAGAAGUCAUUAGGUUCGGACCCACCGGCUCCUCUGCGCCAGCGAUCCGGUGCCAAAGGAGGGAAGGCGACGAAAGUCACUGCCAAGUUUCGAGGACAUCUGAGUCAGGAUGGAAUACGAAAGGAGCGGUGCCGUCAACGACUGGCAUCCCAGCGGCGACUGCAGAAAAGUCUGUACCGCCAGUACUACCACCACCAUCAGCCGCCCACGACGACCGUGUCACCCUUCCAUGUGCCGGGGCCAGCAACGCCGCUGACUCGCCCAUCAAUCGAGCCAUUUGAUUUGGGAAGCGUUGUUGGUUGUGCUGACCCCCCUCCUUGCCCGUCUAUUUUCUGUGACAUGGCGGGGUCGGGAUCGGACUGUCCGGCCAUGGAUACAGGAUUCUUGGGUUGGUGUGGUGUCCUCCAGCAAUUCCCCCAUGGGCUGUUGACAGGCUCCGAAAUCCCCUCGGAUCUCCAGCUUGGGGUAUAG